AUGGUGUGUUGGAACUGCGAGAAGCCUGGGCAUAUGAAAAGCGAAUGCCGUGCACCAAGGAAUGACAAAGAGGGCCGAACAGCCAAUGCCGCGACAGAGGACACGGCGGAUGCACUCUUGUUGAGUGUAAGAAGCUCGCUCGAUGACUGGAUCGUGGACUCAGGGGCCUCGUUUCACUCUUGCAGUAGCAGAGACAUCAUGGAGCCAUACACGGCAUGUGAUUUUGGCGUGGUAUAUCUUGCAGACAACAAACCCCUAAAAAUUGUAGGGAACGAAGAUGUGCAGAUCAAGUCCGCAAAUGGAGAGCUGAAGUCAGGAACGCUUUACAUGGCGGGUGGAUCUAGCUCAAACAUUCCCUUGGCAGGAGAUGUCUCACAAUCGCACUUGUGGCAUAGUCGCUUGGGCCACAUGAGCGAGAAAGAAAUGAAGGUACUGAAGUCGAGCGAACUUUUGCCCGAGCUGGAGCCAGUGGAUGUGAGUCUCUGCGAGCAUUGCGUUCUUGGAAAGCAGAAGCGAGUAAGCUUCAUGACCACAGGGAGAGCUCCAAAGACAGAAAAACUGGAGCUCGUGCACACUGACUUAUGGGGGCCAACACUGAUGACAUCUCUUGCAGGAUCGAUGUAUUACAUGACGUUCGUCGAUGACUGCACAAGAAAGGUAUGGGUGUACUUCCUGAAAAGAAAAUUCGAUGCCUUUGAUACUUUCAGGAGAUGGAGAGCACUCGUGGAGAAAGAGACAUGUCUAGAAGUGAAAUGUCUCAGAUCCGACAACGGUGGCGAGUACAACAGUGAAGCCAUCAAGGAAUACUGCACUGAUCAUGGGAUCCGAAUGCAGAAGACGGUUCCAGGGACACCUCAGCAAAAUGGCAUUGCUGAGAGGAUGAACAGGACACUGAAUGAGCGUGCGAGAUAUUCAGUGGGAGCUCAGAUGGAUGAGAUCGAGCGUACCGAAGAAGAGACAAAAUCUGAAUCGGAAAAACCAAUUGCUGAGAGAAGCACGCCCCUGACACUGGGCCGAGAACCGAGGAUGAGAAGGGCCCCAGAUAGGUACUCCCCUUCUCUUUAUUACCUACUUUUAUCUGAUUCUGGGGAACCCAACUGUUAUGCAGAGGCAGUCUAUCAGGUCAAGGAGGAAUCAGAUGGAACACAACGGUACAAGGCCAGACUUGUAGUAAAGGGAUUCCAACAGAUAUACGGUAUUGACUUUACCGAUGUUUUUACACCUGUUGUUAAGUUAACCACUAUUCGUCUAGUGUUAAGCAUGGUAGCGGCAGAAAACUUGGAGUUCCAACAGUUAGAUGUGAAGACGACCUUUCGGCAUGGGGAUCUCGAGGAGAAAAUUUACAUGGUGCAGCCAGAGGGGUAUAAAGAAAAUGAUCAGCAGGAUCAGAUCAAGGAGAUCGAGAGGCUCAAGGAUCAGCUAUCAAGGAGAUUUGAUAUGAAGGAUCUAGGAGAAGCGAGCCAGAUACUGGGCAUGAAAAUCACGAGGGACAAGAAUGCUGAUAAACUUUGGCUUUCUCAAUAUGAUUAUAUUGAGAAGGUGUUGUGCAGAUUCAAUAUGAAUAUUGCAAAGCCGGUUGGAGUGCCAUUGGGAAGCCAGUUCAAGUUGUCCAACAAGGAUUCGCCCAAAAAUGACUCUGAAAAAGAAAGGAUGAGAGUUACGCCGUAUGCUUCGGUCAUCGGGAGCCUAAUGUACGCUAUGGUUUGCACCCGACCAGACAUAGCACAUACAAUGGGAGUAGUCAGCCGGUUCAUGAGCAAUCCUGGAGUGAUACACUGGGAGGUGGUAAAGUGGAUCCUUAGGUACCUGAGGGGUACUAAAGACCGGGCAUUGGUAUUUGGCAGGGGUACCCUUACCCUGUCUGGGUUUGUCGAUGCUGAUUUUGCAGGAAGUGAUCAUGACAAGAGGAGGAGUACUACUGGGUACAUGUUCACUUACGGCGGGACGGCCGUAUCCUGGAUCUCAAAGCUGCAGAAGAUAGUCACAUUGUCCACAACGGAAGCUGAGUACGUGGCAGUGACGGAGGCAGCCAAGGAGCUCGUUUGGCUGCAAAACUUCCUGAAUGAACUUGGGAUACCUCAAGAGGAUGUGGCUCUAUACAGCAAUAGCCAGAGUGCAAUCCAUCUGGCAAAGAACCCCGCGUUUCACUCGCGAACGAAGCACAUCAAGGUUAAGUAUCAUUUUAUCUGGCAACUUCUAGAGAAGAAGAUGCUGCAGCUGAAAAAGGUUUGGGGAGAUAGGAAUCCUGCAGACAUGUUGACCAAGAUGUUCGUGGAGCUCGGGUUGGUCCUGAAGGCGUCGGGCCGACCUUUCGUGUGGGUCGUGAGGAGGAGCGCGCCGGACGAGGAGCUUGAGGAGAGGGUGCGAGAUAGGGGCCUCGUGAUCCACGGGUGGGCCCCGCAGGUGAUGAUACUCUCACACCCGAGCAUCGGGGGGUUCGUGACGCACUGCGGGUGGAAUUCAAAGCUCGAGGGGACGGCGUCGAGGGUGCCGUUGCUGACGUGGCCCAUCUUCUUAGACCAUUUCUGCAAUGAAAAGUCCAUCGUGAACAUGGUGGGGACGGGUGUUCGGGCCUGUCGUGUUUGUGGGAUAAAAUGGCGGAGGAGGAGUUCAGGUGAAGUCGGGAGUUGUUAA